CCGUUACCCUUGAUGAAUGACGUACUAAAUAUUUCAUAUCGGCUAGAAAUCAAUUCUUUAAGCUCGGCUCGAUCUAAAAAGAAGUUGAACCUUAUUUAUAGGUUCAACCUUAAUGUAUGAUAUAUAUCAGGAUUAUCAGGUGAUACAAUAUAAAAACAUAUUUUUGGGCUUUAACCAUCCGCUUAAGCUUUUGGUUGAUAUGGUCUUAUAACAGCGGACUUGUCAGUUAGCACAAGAUCUGUGUAUACAUGGCUACCUAUUUGUGUCAUUAUAUAAAAAGCUAAUAAAAAGGCAUUGCGAAACAUGUUAACACAAAUUUGAUAAAGUAACAUUUGAAGUUGGAAUUAUAGAUAUCUAUUGCAUAGUGUGAUGUUAUAUUAAUAUUUCAUUUAUUCCCCUAAUAUUAUGACAAUUAUUAGUUUAAGAACAUUUCUAUAUUUACAUAUGUUUUUUCUUGUCCUAUAUACACUUUAUAAGGGAGUAGUUGAUAAACACAACUCUAAACGUAGCGAUAAAAAAGAACCGGAGGAAAUCUCCGCCUAUGCGGUAAAUGGACAAUUUCACAACAAUGCUUGACUGCUUGUUAAUGCAACUUUGAAAAAAAUUAAAAAAAAAAAAAUCUGUUUCAGGAGUAGAGUGGAUAUGGCAGCUGCUGGAAGUAUUGGCUUAUUAUCUAGUUCUCCUAUGUUUAGGAGUUCACCAUGUUUAUCUCAAUUGAAAGCUUCAUCAUCAUCAUCUUCAUGCAAUUCUCUCUCUCCUCAACUUCUCAAAACCAUUUCUGACAUUCAUAGUUCUGGUAUCAUUGCUUGCCUUCGUGCUCCUAGUGCAGAGCUAGCGCUUGGAGCUGCACGAGCUGCACUACGUGGUGGUAUCCAAGUAUUGGAGGUUGUGAUGUCCACUCCAGGUGUGUUUGAGGUUUUGCAACAGCUUGUGCUGGAGUAUCCAACAAUGACUUUAGGAGUAGGAACAGUUCUAAACGUCGAAGAUGCUAAAGUUGCAAAGAAGGUUGGUGCUAAGUUCCUUAUGAGUCCUGCAAUGAUCAAGCUGACCUCCUAUCUUCAGGACAUACUUGCUGAAAUCCAAGAUCAUGAAGUUCUAUACAUACCUGGUGUCAUGACUCCAACAGAAAUAUUGUCUGCUUAUAAUGCCGGUGCAAGGAUUGUCAAGGUCUAUCCUGUUUCUGCACUAGGUGGUGUCGAGUAUAUAUCAGCAGUUAAGAAGCCUUUUCAUCACAUCCCAAUGGUUGCUUCUCAAGGAAUUCAAAUGGGUCUAGUAGCAGACUUCAUCACUCGAGGAGCAUCAGCAGUAGUGUUGUCAGAUGCCAUUUUUCAAAAAGAAGCAGUUGCUCGAGGAGACUUCGACAGUAUAUCUGAACGAGCACAGUUAGCAGUUUCAAUUGGCACUGAAGCUAAAAACAGCUUAAACUAGUUAAUCAGCAACAGUUUUUUCUAAUCAAAGGCGGUGGAACUUGUUGACCACCAUUCCGGCAUUUCCUACACUUGCUUGCACCCGUGUAUGACAAGGUUGUUGUAGUAAACCAUUGCCAAAUCGACAAGUAGCUCCGACACCAGUAUAUAUAGGGCUCAGUUCAGAGUUCAUUAUGCAGUAAGACAUAACUGGACUUGGCUAAAUCUUUGAUUCAGGCUAGAUAUCUAACAGUUAGUUAGCUGACAACAUCCAAAAAGGUUGCAAUGCGGUUACUUUUUCUCUCUUGUCUUUUAAUACAGGUAAAAGGGUAAAGUUUUUCCCCGUUAGAUCACGAAGAUGUCUAACUCUUUUGAUCAUUUAUACCCUUUCCAAGCCCUCAGGAGCUCUAUCUCUCGCCGUCAGUGGGUGUAAUACCACAUACGCUGUGGUGAUAUGUUUCUGAGCAGAAUGACCAUCAUCAGAUCUAGGCAAGGCAUAUUGGAGUGAUUUCUUCUGUUCUGUUAUUUAGUACUUUGUACUCUGUAAUUCUGUAGAAGAUCUUAUGUGACAUACGAAGUAUGUAGAUUGCUGUAUUUUUUUCAUAUAUAUGAAUGUUACACCAAAGUCUUAAACUACUGGUGCGGUACUGAUUAGGAGGAACUUUCUGUCAAUUGCUUGAUUUACAUGCUUGCCUGCUUGGACAGCUGAAUUUACUACUGUGAUGUUUUUAUAAUAUGGAUCAAAUCAAUUCAAGAUAAUGUAGUGUAUUUUGUGUAAAAAAAAAAAAAAUCAAUUCUAGGUACUCUUUCCGUUUUACUUUGUUAGUUAUAUAUGGAAUCAAUCACGUAAAAUAAGAGAAAGAAGUAUUUAAGGGCAUCCACAAUAAGAGGUUUGUCAUUGGGUUUGUGGGAACAAUUUAAAGGUGGGUGUUGUUAUUUGUCGCUCCCAUUUUACCGGGUAACGCUCCCUUUUUUUCUUGAAAUUCCAAUUUUACCCCUAAUAUAUAAAUACGGUUUUUUCCUUCCCGACCAACAUUUCUCACUUCUUUACUUCUCUCUCUAACUCUCUUACUCUCUAACUCUCUAAAACAAUUUUUUU